AUGUUGGAGGAUGGCCGGUACAGUGCAAAGUUACCAUGGCGACCAGAACAUCCCCUUCUACCAUCAAAUGCAGAAAUCACUAAGCACAGAACCCGCUCCAUGAUCAGAAAACUGACUGCAGAUCCUGAGAAACUACGCAUGUACAAUGACAUCAUCCAAGAACAACAGUCUCGAGGCUUUAUUGAAAGGGUGAACAAUCCAGAUAUGGCCAACAGAGUGUGUCAUUACAUACCUCAUCAUGCUGUCCUCAAGGACUCUACCACAACUCCCCUACGCAUUGUGUACGACUGCAGCUUCAAACGAGGUGAACAACCCAGCUUGAAUGAUUGCUUACAGCCAGGCCCUCUGCUUCUCAAUGACCUUACUGGCAUAUUUCUACGCUUCCGUCUCCACAAGUAUGUCAUAACUACAGACAUUGAAAAGACAUUUUUACAUGUAAACCUAGACCAAGCCAAUCGAGAUGCCACGCGAUUCUACUGGCUAUCUAAUACAGAUGACCCGGAGAGUGAACUCAUCGUGUACCGAUUCAAGUCUGUUAUGCUUGGUGCCACAAGUUCCCCCUUCAUCUUAAACGUCACCCUCAACAAGCACCUCACGCAGUCUACAGACCAAGUCAGCAUGGAUAUGCUUAGGAAUCUGUAUGUGGACGACCUCACCUCAGGAACAAGUGAUGAUGGUUCAGCAGUCAACUAUAACCAAGAUGCCAGGAACAAGAUGUCACCAGUGGGCUUCAAUGUCAGGUCAUGA